AUGGCGCUCUUGUGCCAUCAGCCAAGAUACAACCACUGCCACCAAUCCAACUCCCGCAACCACUACCACCGCCCCAGCUCCCGCUACCACUACCACCACCCCAGCUCCCGCUACCACUACCACCGCCCCAGCUCCCGCUACCACAACCACCGCCCCAGCUCCCGCUACCACUUCCACCCCCCCAGCUCCCGCAACCACUACCACCUCCCCAGCUCCCGCUACCACUACCACCGCCCCAGCUCCCGCUACCACUACCACCGCCCCAGCUCCCGCAACCACUACCACCGCCCCAGCUCCCGCUACCACUACCACCGCCCCAGCUCCCGCUACCACUACCACCGCCCCAGCUCCCGCAACCACUACCACCGCCCCAGCUCCCGCUACCACUACCACCGCCCCAGCUCCCGCUACCACUACCACCGCCCCAGCUCCCGCUAUCACUACCACCGCCCCAGCUCCCGCUACCACUACCACCGCCCCAGCUCCCGCAACCACUACCACCGCCCCAGCUCCCGCUACCACUACCACCGCCCCAGCUCCCGCAACCACUACCACCACCACGAUAGCACCUACUUCCAGCAGUGUCAAUUCACCAGGCCAGGUCUUUGCAAAGAAGAUUCCUGUGGCAGUGAUGCUUCGUGUGUGGGUCUGAAUAACUCAUACUUUUGCCUGUGUAUUGAUGGGUAUUACUAUAAUUCUUCCAAAUGCAAUAAAGGAAAGGUUUUCCCUGGAACAAUUAAAGUAAAGGUAUCAGAAACAACUGGCUUGGAAAAUGAAAAGUCGCCGGCCUAUGAAAAGUUAUACAUGCAAAUUAGAAAAUUCUUUGCAGAUGCAUUUAAAAAUCCUGAUUAUGGACAGACUGUGAUUCAUAGAGUAAGAACAUCUGCUCCAGCAAGAUCUGAAAUGCGUGCUGGUGACAAGCUGGUUGAUGUAACAGUAGUAAACCUUUUUGCAGAAACUUCAGAAGAAAAUGAGACGACCGUAUCUAACGCAAUUAAUAAAGCAGUUGCAAGCAACCCUAAUACCUUUUCAGACUAUACUAAGCAAAAUCGGUGUGAGUUCUAUGGGUGUGUAAAUGAGCAAGACGACUGCAGUGAUAUCUUACAGUGCAAGUGCAAACCGGGGCUGUCAAGACCCAACCCACAGACGGCUCUGUGUCUUGCUUUGGGUCCAAAGUGUCCUGAUACCUGCAAAGCAGAGUACAACAUGCAGUGCCUGGUGCAGAGCGGUGGGAGCCUUGACUGCGUGUGCCUGCCGGGCUACCAGAGGGACGCCAAGGGGAGCUGCCAAGCGUGUGCAUUUGGCUACAGUGGAGUCAACUGUGAAGACCCAUUUCAGCUGAUUCUCACUAUCGUGGGCACCAUUGCUGGCAUCCUCAUUCUUGGCAUGGUGAUUAUCCUAAUUCCCGUUACUAAUUACAGAUCGAAGACAAAGGGCAUUGAAGAACAGAACCUGAUUGAGAACGACUAUCACAGUGUGAGAAUGUCGACAACAGGCUUCAGCAAUCUCGGAGCAGAAGGGAGCCUCUUCCCUAAAGUCCAAGCCACCUUCCCCAAGGACAGCCUCAUGCAGAACCCCUACGCACAGAGAAGCAUGCCCCGCCCCGACUAUUAG